AGGGGAAUUAAACUCUCUGUCUCCGUUCUCUCUGUUUUGAAAUCUGGGGAAGCCAUGCUCGCUACAACUCUUUUUGCAAGAAAAUGGAAUCAUCUUUCAACAAUUAAACCCCUGUUCCUGUUCUCCAAGAUCAAGUGGUUCAUCGCUUGGUUUGGUGGAAAUCACCCCAAGGCAGAAUAUGCCAACAUCAACUGGGAUGAACUUAGAUUUUCAUUGACUCCAACUGAUUACAUGUAUGUAAUGAACUGUUUUAAAGAAGAAAAUUUCUCCAAAGGAUUUCUUGCGCCAUUCGGAAGCAUCGAGCUCAGCCCCUCAUCCGGAGUCUUAAACUAUGGACAGGGAUUAAUUGAGGGGCUAAAGGCAUACAGGAAGGAAAAUGACCAAGGAAUUCUGCUCUUUCGUCCAGAACUGAAUGCACUAAGGAUGAAGAUGGGUGCAGAUAGGAUGUGCAUGCCAUCACCAACAAUUGAGCAGUUUGUCAAUGCUGUCAAGGAAACAGUGAUUGCAAACAAGCGAUGGAUACCCCCUCCAGGGAAAGGAGCAUUAUACGUUAGGCCUUUACUCAUGGGAACAGGACCGAGCCUGGGAGUCGCGCCAGCGCCUGAGUAUACUUUCUUGGCAUAUUCUUCUCCAGUGGGAAAAUAUUUCAAGGUUCCUAUGAACUUGCUUGUUGAAGAUAAUCUAUUUAGAGCUGUUCCUGGUGGAACUGGAGGCAUCAAAUCCAUAACCAACUAUUCACCAAUCUACAAGGCAAUGAGUAAAGCAAAAACCAAAGGGUUCUCGGAUAUCCUGUUCCUGGAUGCAGCAACUGGAAAAAACAUUGAGGAGGCUUCCGCAUCCAAUAUCUUCCUUGUAAAGGGAAAUUCCAUCAUAACUCCGGCUGCUAAUGGUACUAUUCUCCCUGGAAUUACAAGGAAAAGCAUCAUUGAAAUGGCAAUGAAUUUUGGUUACCAGGUCGAGGAAAGUCCCGUUUCAUUGGAAGAAAUGCUGGGGGCUGAGGAGGUUUUCUGCACGGGAACUGCAAUGGUGGUUAAUUCUGUUGCUAGUAUAACUUAUCGGAAUAAGAGGAUGGAAUACAAAACAGGGGAGGAGACGGUGGCUGAGAAAUUGUAUGCAAUGUUAACAGGGGUUCAGACUGGCCGCAUUGAGGACAAGAUGGGCUGGACAGUGGAAAUCAAUACAUAAUUGCUUAGAGUAAGAUCUGAACUUGAAAAAAAUAUAAAUAAAACGUUAUCUUUGCCCGGAUAUACUAAUUAAUUCUACAUUUGCAGAGUCAAGCCAAAACUGCUUUCAAUGUCAUUGUAUGUUUGAUAUUUUAUUAUGGAGAGCGGAAAAUGAUAGAGGGAAAGGGACUAAUAGUCCCUCGCUAUUUGCCCCUUUUCUUUCUUAUCUUCUUUCGCCGUUUCAUAGCUGUAUC